AUGACCCCCGGUACCGGCGGACGUUGCGCGGCUAUAACCUUGGUGACCUUCGGCGGCUUAGCAGCCGGCACUGGAGCAGGGGCAGCUCGCGCUGCAUUGAGCAUCACGUUUGCCGUGAUUGCUGCUUGCUUGUUCAGUUCUUUCUUCUUUGUAUUCGCGGGAAGCCUGGAAUGCGUCUUCUUUACUGUCCCAGGACAUGGCUUCCCAUUGGGUUGUGUUCCUGGGCAGUCAAAGCCGGUCUGCGCGGGAAUUGGGAGGUUCUACAUACCGACGGCGAUGUACUGCAAGAUACUUGAGGGGUUGCUUUCAAGGCGCCACACCAAAAAGGAGGUCAGCUGCAUAUUCAUGAGUUCCGUCUCCACGGAUAAGCUGGAAUACCACGUGCUACUGCGCACGCCGGACCCGUGUUACCUUUUGGCCAGUCCCAUGGCCGCGCUUCCUUAA